AUGGCAAGUUACGGUUCUCAAUAUGGUAGUGGCCAUGGCCAGCCCUUUCAAACGAAUCAGGAUCCCAGAUAUGCCGACCCUCAAGCGCAGCAACGGCCUCCGAGUUUCCAGCCCCCGGUCAGCCCCCAGCCAGGCUACGCGCAGUAUGGUGUUGAUCCGAACGCUCAGCACGUUUAUGCCAACGCACAACAAACGCCCUACCUUGGACAGGCUGCAGGGCCUAUACCCCAACAGCAAGAUGCCAUGAAUGGCCUGGCAGCACAAAUGGGAGGACUAGACAUGGCGGCUGCGCCCGCACGAUCUCAUAGGAAGAAAGAGAGGCAUGCUUAUCACGACAUCGGCUCAGCACCGGCAUCGGCGUCUGUGGGCGCUGCGGCAUCUGCAGGGUCAUUUGGAGGAUCGCAGUUUCCGGCUGUUGGGUCACAAGUAGCGCCAGGGGCAAUAGCAGGACAGCCAGCAGAGAAUGCCUUUGUCAACUCAGCGGAUAAACUGCGCAUGGGCGAGGAGGCUGUGGCCACACAAGGCCGUGUCAAUCCAGAGCAAAUCCCCAGCGUGGCAAGAUCAAGGGACGUUGCGACACAAUACUACCAGCUCAACGUCUAUCCAACCAUGGAGAAGCAUCUUCCGCCUCCCGCGGCUAUUCCCUUCGUGGCCCACGAUCAGGGGAAUUCUUCGCCCAAAUUUGCGCGUUUGACGGUUAACAAUAUACCUUCUACGGCCGAGGCUCUCGCAUCAACUGGACUUCCCCUCGGCCUUGUCCUGCAGCCGUUUGCACCCCUCCAAGAAGGCGAACAGCCUAUUCCCGUACUAGACUUUGGCGAAGUCGGCCCUCCUCGAUGCCGGAGAUGCAGGACAUAUAUCAACCCUUUUAUGACCUUCAGAUCUGGUGGCAAUAAGCUAGUGUGCAAUAUGUGCAGCUUCCCCAACGAUGUGGCACCCGAGUACUUUGCACCUACCGACACGGCUGGGGUGAGGGUUGACCGGUUGCAGCGGCCAGAGCUGAUGAUGGGUACUGUGGAAUUCUUGGUGCCAAAAGAGUACUAUACGAAGGUGCCAGUUCCUAUACAGUGGUUAUUCAUGAUCGACAUCACCCAAGAAUCUAUAAACAAGGGAUUUCUUGACUCUGUCUGUCAGGGCAUUUUGGACGCGCUUUAUGGGCGCGAGAGUGAGAUUUCUUCAGAUGAGGAUUCACCAUUCGUUGGACUACCAGCAGGAGCGAAGAUUGGCAUCGUCACGUACGACAAGGAAAUACAAUUCUACAAUCUUGCGCCCGGCCUAGACACUGCUCAAAUGAUGGUGGUGACAGAUCUCGAAGACCCUUUUGUGCCUUUGGCGGACGGAUUGUUUGUCGACCCCCAAGAAUCCAAAGAAGUGGUUACAGCACUCCUCAAAGCCAUCCCUACCAUGUUCUCCACGAUCAAACAUCCAGAGCCGGCUUUACUACCUGCGCUCAACGCCGCCCUAGCCGCGCUGACUGCCACUGGCGGCAAAAUUAUAUGUUCCUUAUCAACCUUGCCCACUUGGGGUCCUGGGAGGCUGCAUUUGAGGGACGAUGGCAAAGGCCGAGACACAGAUGCGGAACGACGUCUGUUCACUACUGAACACCCGGGCUGGAAGAAGACCGCUAGUGCAAUGGUAACCGCAGGUAUUGGAGUGGACUUUUUUCUUGCCGCCGCCGGGGGAGGAUAUAUGGACAUAGCAACAAUAGGACACAUGUCGCGAUUGACGGGUGGUGAGAUGUUCUUUUAUCCGAACUUCGUGGCUCCCCGCGAUUCACUCAAGCUGCGUCUUGAAAUCCAGAACUCGCUGCGGCGAGAGACAGGCUAUCAAGCUUUGAUGAAGGUGCGGUGUUCGAACGGUCUGCAGGUGUCUGCUUACUACGGCUCCUUUCUCCACCAUUCCUUCGGAGCGGAUCUUGAGAUUGGGACUGUCGACGCGGACAAAGCCAUUGGUGUCACCUUUUCUUACGAUGGCAAACUUGAUGCCAAGCUGGAUGCCCACUUCCAGGCAGCCCUUCUUUACACUUCUGCAACCGGCCAGAGGCGGGUCAGGUGCAUCAACGUGGUGGCCGCAGUCAACGAAGGCGCCACCGACACCAUGCGGACGGUCGAUCAGGACGCCGUUGUCAACAUCAUUGCAAAAGAAGCCUCGUCCAAAAUUUCGGAAAAGUCCCUGAAAGACAUUCGUGCCGGUAUCACGGAGAGGACGAUUGAUAUUCUGGCGGGUUACCGAAAGAACUUCUCUGGCUCACAUCCGCCUGGGCAGCUCGUGCUUCCAGAGCACCUCAAGGAGUUUGCCAUCUACACGCUCGGUUUGAUCAAGAGUCGGGCAUUCAAAGGAGGUAUCGAGCCUACCGAUCGCAGGGUCCAUUCUGCUCGGUUGAUGAGAUCUUCGGGGGUGACAGAGACAGCAUUAUAUCUUUAUCCACGAAUAUAUGCCCUCCACAACCUGAGUCCAGAGGAUUGUUUCGCCAAUUCCGAGACGAUGCAAUUGGUGGUCCCGCCAACCGUUCGCGCGUCGUUUGCGAGGGUCGAGGAGGGCGGGGUGUAUCUGGUAGACGACGGACAGGUUGUGCUUAUCUGGCUCCACGCCCAAGUGUCGCCAAACUUGCUUGAGGAUCUGUUUGGGGAAGGUAAAACCAGCCUACAGGAUCUGGAUCCCAUGAUGAACGAGUUGCCCGUCUUGGAAACCCAUCUGAAUGCCCAGGUGCGGAACCUGUUGCAAUACAUGUCUACUGUGCGUGGGAGCAAAGCCGCAAGCUUUACGCUCGCAAGGCAGGGACUAGAUGGCUCGGAGUUCGAAUAUGCCCGAAUGUUGGUGGAGGACCGGAACAACGAGGCUCAAAGUUAUGUUGACUGGCUCGUCCAUGUACACCGGGCGAUCCAGAUGGAGCUGAGUGGACAAAGGAAGAAAGAAGACACGGGAGAUCAUGAGGGCAUCUUGAGUAACUUGACGGGACUGAAGGCACCAUACUGGACGUGA